AUGGCGAUCAAGUUUGAUAAGAUAGAUUUUGCUGUUAUUUGUGCGUUAGCUUUGGCUGUUGCCACAUAUUUGAAGUUGGACAAGUUGAAGGAAUUAUUUUCUACAGAUGACUCGUUAGUUGCGGUACACUCAGAUUCACGAGACAUUGUGGAGGUGUUAACUGAGAACAAUAAGGAUUAUUUAGUAAUCUAUGCAUCUCAGACUGGAACUGGUGAAGAUUAUGCCAAAAAGUUUGCUAAGGAGCUUUCUUCAAAAUUUUCCUUGAAAGUUAUGUGUGUUGAUGUGGAAAACUAUGAUUUUGAUAAUUUGAACUCGUUGCCAGAUAAUGUGAUUAUUUCAAUAUUUGUUUCCACCUAUGGAGAAGGGGAUUUACCUGAUGCUGCAAUACAGUUUGAAGAAUGGUUGCAAUCAUUGAAUCCAGGUGACUUAGAUAAUGUGAAAUACACACUUUUUGGUUUGGGAAACUCAACCUAUGAAUUCUACAACGGUGCAGCCAAAAAGACGGACAAACUUCUCCAGGAAGCUUCUGCAACUUUGGUAGGUACUUUUGGGUUAGCUGAUGAUGGUGCUGCAACGACAGAUGAGGACUUUUUGGCUUGGAAGGAUAGUAUAUUUGAGGAAUUAAAGGAUGUAUUGGCUUUAGAUGAAAGAGAAGUUGGUUUUGAGUCAAGUUACGAGUACACUGUUUUACCCAAGGAUUCUGUUGAUACGGCUUCUUUAGGUGAGCCUAUAUCUGCAUACCUCCCAGGGAGAGCUCUAUCGUUCAACGACAGUGGAAAGCAGCUGGGCCCAUUCGACUCAACUCAUCCGUUCGUGGCUCCAAUUACUACAACUAAGGAGUUACUCAAAUCUGGUGAUCGUAACUGUGUCCAUGCUGAAUUUGAUAUCUCUGGAAGCAAUAUGAAAUAUUCUACUGGUGACCAUCUAGCCGUAUGGCCAUCUAACUCUGAUGAAAAGGUCGAGAAAUUUCUAUCAACAUUUGAUCUUGAUCCAGACACUGUAUUCAACUUGAAACCAAAAGAUAACACUAUUAAAGAACCAUUUCCAGUGCCAACUACAAUUGGUUCGGCGGUUAGAUACUAUUUGGAAAUUUCAGGUCCCAUUUCGAGACAAGUAUUUGGCUCGUUGUUACAGUAUGUCACCGAUCCUGAUGUGAAAGAAAAGUUGCUAGUUAUAUCCAAGGAUAAAAAUAAAUUCGCUAAGGAAAUUUCUUCCAAAUAUUUUGAUCUUACUGAUGCAUUGCUUUACUUAUCAAAUGGGCAGAAGUGGUCUUUUGUUCCAUGGGAAUUUUUAGCGGAAACUAUCCCUCAUUUACAACCUCGUUAUUAUUCAAUAUCUUCCUCUUCUUCUUCUGAAAAGCAGACCAUUCAUAUAACAGCAGUUGUUGAAAAUUUCCCAAACCCCACAGAUCACACACUGGGGCAAGUUACAGGUGUUGCUACUAAUUUGUUAAGGCAUAUUCACUUAUCCAAGACUCAACAAGAUGUUUCAGAUGCGAAGUUACCAGUUCAUUACAAUUUAUCUGGCCCACGUAACCUAUACCAUAACUACAAACUUCCUGUCCAUGUUCGCCGUUCCACAUUUAGGUUACCGUCAAACCCUGCUACUCCAGUAAUAAUGAUUGGCCCGGGAACUGGUGUUGCACCAUUCCGUGGGUUUAUCCGUGAACGUGUCAAGUUCAUCUCUAACAAUGAAAAUAUUAAACUAGGCAAACAUUUGUUGUUCUAUGGCUGUCGGGAUGAAAAUGACUUUUUGUAUCAGGAAGAGUGGCCCAACUAUGCCAAAGUAUUGGGAGAUUGUUUUGAAUUGAUUGUGGCAUAUUCUAGGAUACCUUCCCAGAAGAAGACCUAUGUUCAACAUCGCCUAUUAGAAAGGGAAAAAGAAGUUCUAGAUUUGAUUAAUCAAGGAGCCUUUAUUUACGUUUGUGGUGACGCUAAAGGUAUGUCACAAGAUGUACACAAAUCACUUGCGGACAUCUUGCAAAGAGGUAAAGGUAUAACAGAGGAGGAUGCUGCUGAAAUCUUAAAAUUAUUUAAAACCAGCGGCAAGUACCAGGAAGAUGUGUGGUAG